UUUGCCAAAGCAAUAUAGUUCAACACUUGUUUCAGUUUCUGAGGAGUUUUUAAGGUUUUCGAGAUGGGGUUUCACCGAAGCUCGUUUAGCAGAAGUAGAAGACACAUUUUGUCCAUUUUGAAGCUGCUUCUCUUGCUCUCGCCGCUCCUAGUCCCGAACUACUCCAGUGCAGCCACCAAAGCCAUAGAUGAGAGGAAAGCUUUCGAAGUGGGCGUGAUUCUUGAUUUGGAUUCCCGUCUCGGUGACCAAAUGCGUAUGGCAAUCGAAAUAGCAUGCCAAGACGUGAACAGCAUCUCAUCAUCGGGAAGUCAUUACAUAAAGCCACAUUACGUAAACUCACACGCAAAGGCCCUUCGAUCAAUUUUGGCCGCUGAAAAGCUGAUCAGAAGGAAGAAUGUGCAAGUUAUUAUCGGCUUGGAAACAUGGGAGGGUGCAACUUUAGUAGCCGAAAUUGCUAAUCAAUCUCAGGUGCCAGUCAUAUCCUUUGCGAGAGACCACGUGACCCCGCCAUUGAUGCCGGAAACUCUAUGGCCUUCACUGUUUCGAAUGAGUACCGAUGAAUCCGACCAAAUUAAAUGCAUUGUAGAUAUAGUUAGUUUUUAUAACAGACAAAGAGUAUCAAUAAUAUAUGAGGCGGAGGCAUACGAUACUACGUACUCCAUGCUGUUAAAUUCUUUGUUGGAGGAGCUUGGAAAAAUCGGCUCGGCAAUAGAGGACCAGCUGAUUCUUCAAGCAUUUUCAUCUCCGACCAGAGCAGAAGUGUCUUUGGAAGAGAAAUUAAUGAAGCUGAAGGGAAAGGUAUCUCCGAUCUUUAUUGUUUUAGGAAUGUCAUCGCAGGGAAGCGCAUAUUUUCUCAAAGAAGCAAAGAUCAUGGGACUCUUCUACGAAGAUUCAAUUUGGAUCUUCGCUGAAAAACCCUUCACCAAUCUCUUAACUUCAGUAGAGCAUUCAGGAAACUUCUCGACCGUUGAAGGCGUGAUAGGAGUAAUCACCUACCGUCCCCAAAACCAGGCAUAUAGAGAAUUCAGAUCCAAAUUCUUGAAUACGUUCCAUCACAAGUAUGGAGAGAACUUCAAUUUCGAGCCAGGAAUCGAUGCUGUUCGAGCAUACGAUUGCAUUAAGACCAUUAAAAAUGCCAUAGAUGCAGUGCCGAGCCAUGAUAUUAUGCCUGAGUUUUUGCUUGAUAGAAUAUCGCGCACUAGACUCAUGGGUUUGAGCGGGGCAAUACAAUUUGAGAAAGGCCAGUUGGCACAUCGACCCAGAUUCCAACUUGUGAGCGUUAAUGGAAAUGAAUAUAGAGAGCUUAAGCUUUGGUCUCCCGAUUUCGGCAUCUCGAGAAGCUUUGUACCGAAACAAAGUUCAAGAAGAAACGCGGUCGCAAUUUCAGACGUAUUGAAGACCCAAGAAGGACAGACUUCUAGUGAGUCGCAAUUCGUUAUCGGAGUUCCCCGUAAAACUCCCUUUGAUAAGUUUGUGAAGAAGGAAGUGAACAGCACAACCAAUAAAGAAAAGUACAUCGGCUUUUGCAUAGAUGUUUUCGAGAAGGCUGUUCCUGCUGAUUUUAAUUAUGUUUUUGUCAGUCACGACGGAACAUAUGACGAGUUGGUGAACAAAGUUCAUGAUAAGACCUACAACGCUGCGGUCGGUGACAUAACUAUUCGGGCCAGUCGCUCACAGUAUGUUGAGUUCACACAACCGUUCAUGGGAUCAGGCCUUUCAGUGAUAGUCCCAGCAAAACCGGACAGAGACAAGGCAUUGAUCUUCAUGGAGCCUUUCACUCCAACAAUGUGGGUUGCCUCUGGAGGCAUCCUUAUAUACACAAUGUUGGUAGUUUGGUUCUUGGAGCAUCCGAUCAAUCCAGAAUUCGGAGGACCUUGGAUGAAUCAGCUCUCAACUUCUCUUUGGUUCACUUUCUCCUCUCUCUUCUUUGCUCAUAAGGAGAGAGUCCAUCGCAACUUCACCCGAAUCGUGCUGGUGAUUUGGUUCUUUGUAGCAUUGAUCUUGACACAGAGUUACACGGCCGGCCUCACCUCGAUGCUCACUAUCCCGGAGUUCAAAUCGACUGUGACCACCAUGGAAUGGCUGAGAAUUUCUAAAGCAAGAGUGGGUUGUGACGCCGAUGGUUUCGUUUGUGGCUAUUUGAAUAACACGUUGGACUUCUCGAAUGAUGUCAUCGUCCCCAUAAGAGACGCUUGGAACUAUGGAGAAGAAUUCAGAAAAGGCAACAUCGCCGCUCUUUUUCUGGAGUACCCAUACGUGAGACCCUUCUUCGCUCAGUAUUGCGAUGGAUAUUUGACCAUUGGUGAUGGCUACGGAUUUGGCGGUUUAGCCUUUGUGUUCCCAAAUGACUCUCCACUGGCUGCAAAUUUCUCUAGGGCCAUUUUGGAGCUUUCAGAGAGCCGUGAGAUGAAAAGAUUAGAGGACAAGUGGUUCUCUCUUGAGUGUACGAUGAGGAACUUCACCAACGAGACACGGAAGUUGGGCCUCAACAGCUUCUGGGCACUCUAUGCUUCCACCAUCACCACUUCCACGGGUUGUUUGCUCUUUGCCUGUCUUUGCACAAGAAGGAAUCGUCAGGAUCAUGAACAACAAAGCACUGGCGACAGCAUGAGCGUCACGGAGAUCACUAUGUUGUAGUGUAAAUCAAUGUGCAGUGGCAUAGUUUUAGGCUCGAUGAUA